AUGUCUGGAAGAUUCGAGAAGCUUCGUGUAUGGGUUGACGGUGAUGUGCAGCAAGGAUCUUCAGGCGCUCAACAGCAACAACAAUCCUGCGAUAUGGAACAAAUAGCGUUACCGCAUAAAGCACGGUUAUAUCAACUGUUCGAGUACGUUGAAAAAGAAAUGGACUCUCUAUAUGAAGAGAAUUGCGAGUUGCAGGCAAAGUUGAACCAAUUAAGUGAGCGAUUGGGUGAAACGGUAACACUGUCACCUGAAGUUUGUUUUUCACCGAAUGAUCCAUUAUCAGCACGAAAAGAAGUUGGCAGGAAAGGCAACCAAAUGCGUCAAAAGCUAAAGACUGCUUUACGAGUACCACCGGGACGUUUAGUACAAAGCCUAAAAGUUGUCAGUGAUAAUUCACGUCGAUGCAGAUAUGUUCGUUCAUUUAUGGGACAUCGGGAUGGUAUUUGGCACGUGACGGCGAGCCGAGGGACACAACCGAUUUUGGCAAGCGCCUCUGCAGAUCAGACAUGCUUGCUGUGGUCUCUGGAUGUAGGUUCAUGUUUGGCGCAGUACACAGGUCAUGUUGGUUCGGUUAAUGGUGUUGCUUUCGGACCGUCAACAAGAGAUUCCACUGAAUUCAUGAUUGCUACAGCUAGUGGCGACCGUACUACACAUAUUUGGAAAACUGUUAUUCCAG